AUUCGAAACUGUGGAAAAUGAACCCGUUAAUAUUGAAGAAUUGGCGUUCAAGUUUGCUGUCACCAACAUUAACAGGAACAGAACACUGAUGCCUAAUACCACAUUAACCUAUGACAUCCAGAGAAUUAACCUGUUUGACAGUUUUGAAGCCUCGAGAAGAGCCUGUGACCAGCUGGCCCUGGGCGUGGCGGCGCUCUUCGGGCCGGCGCACAGCUCGUCGGUCAGCGCCGUGCAGUCCAUCUGCAACGCGCUGGAGGUGCCGCACAUCCAGACGCGCUGGAAGCACCCCACGGCCGACAGCAGGGACGCCUUCUACAUCAACCUGUACCCCGACUACGCCGCCAUCAGCAGGGCCGUGCUGGACCUCGUGCUCCACUUCAACUGGAGGGUGGUCACCGUGGUGUACGAGGACAGCACGGGUCUAAUCCGCCUGCAGGAGCUGAUCAAGGCCCCUUCCAGGUACAACAUUAAAAUCAAAAUCCGGCAGCUGCCCCCUGGGAACAAGGAUGCCAGGCCCCUGCUGAAGGAGAUGAAGAAGGGCAAGGAGUUCUACGUGAUAUUCGACUGCUCGCACGAGACGGCGGCAGAGAUCCUGAAGCAGAUUCUCUCCAUGGGAAUGAUGACAGAAUACUACCACUACUUUUUUACAACACUGGACCUGUUUGCACUGGACCUGGAGCCCUACAGGUACAGCGGGGUGAACAUGACGGGCUUUCGGCUGCUCAACAUCGAGAGCCCGCACGUGUCGGCCGUGGUGGACAAGUGGUCGAUGGAGCGGCUGCAGGCUCCCCCCAAGCCCGAGACGGGGCUGCUCGAUGGCAUGAUGACAACAGAAGCAGCGCUGAUGUACGACGCCGUGUACGUGGUGGCCGUGGCGUCGCAGCGAGCCGCCCAGAUGACCGUCAGCUCCCUGCAGUGCCACCGCCACAAGCCCUGGCGCUUCGGGCCCAGGUUCAUGAACCUCAUCAAGGAGGCACGGUGGGAGGGCCUGACCGGGCGCAUCACCUUCAACAAAACCGACGGGCUCAGGAAGGACUUCGACCUGGACAUCAUCAGCCUCAAGGAGGAGGGCACGGAAAAGAUUGGGGUCUGGAACUCCUACAGUGGCCUUAACAUGACGGACAGCAACAAGGACCGCUCCACCAACAUCACGGACUCCUUGGCCAACCGCACGCUCAUCGUCACCACCAUCCUGGAAGAUCCUUACGUGAUGUACAAGAAGUCUGACAAGCCCUUGUAUGGCAAUGACAGGUUCGAGGGGUACUGCCUGGACUUGCUAAAGGAGCUGUCAAACAUUUUAGGCUUCAUCUAUGAGGUCAAACUCGUUUCUGACGGCAAAUACGGAGCCCAGAAUGACAAGGGAGAGUGGAAUGGGAUGGUCAAGGAGCUCAUAGAUCAUAAAGCUGACCUGGCAGUUGCUCCCCUCACCAUCACCUAUGUCAGAGAGAAAGUGAUUGAUUUCUCCAAGCCCUUCAUGACGCUGGGGAUCAGCAUCUUGUACCGGAAGCCCAACGGGACCAACCCCGGCGUUUUCUCCUUUCUAAACCCUCUCUCUCCAGAUAUUUGGAUGUAUGUUCUCCUGGCCUGCCUUGGAGUCAGCUGUGUCCUCUUUGUCAUUGCCAGGUUUACACCAUACGAGUGGUAUAACCCCCACCCGUGCAACCCAGACUCAGAUGUGGUGGAAAACAAUUUUACUUUACUAAAUAGUUUCUGGUUUGGAGUUGGAGCUCUCAUGCAGCAAGGAUCAGAGCUGAUGCCCAAAGCUCUUUCCACCAGAAUAGUUGGAGGAAUAUGGUGGUUUUUCACCUUAAUCAUAAUCUCAUCCUAUACUGCCAACCUGGCUGCCUUCCUGACCGUGGAGAGGAUGGAAUCUCCCAUCGACUCGGCAGAUGACCUGGCAAAGCAAACCAAGAUAGAGUACGGGGCUGUCCGAGACGGAUCCACCAUGACCUUCUUCAAGAAAUCCAAGAUCUCGACGUACGAGAAGAUGUGGGCGUUCAUGAGCAGCAGGCAGCAGACGGCGCUGGUGAAGAACAACGACGAGGGCAUCCAGCGGGUGCUCACCACCGACUACGCCCUGCUGAUGGAGUCCACCAGCAUCGAGUACGUGACGCAGAGGAACUGCAACCUCACCCAGAUCGGGGGGCUCAUCGACUCCAAGGGCUACGGCGUGGGCACCCCCAUCGGGUCCCCGUACCGGGACAAGAUCACCAUCGCCAUCCUGCAGCUGCAGGAGGAGGGCAAGCUGCACAUGAUGAAGGAGAAGUGGUGGCGAGGCAACGGCUGCCCCGAGGAGGACAGCAAGGAGGCCAGCGCCCUGGGCGUGGAGAACAUCGGGGGCAUCUUCAUCGUGCUGGCGGCGGGGCUGGUGCUCUCCGUGUUCGUGGCCAUCGGCGAGUUCAUCUACAAGUCGCGCAAGAACAGCGACAUCGAGCAGGCCUUUUGUUUCUUUUACGGACUGCAGUGUAAGCAACCCCACCCGUCCAACUCCACCUCCGGCACCACCUUAUCCACGGAGUUAGACUGUGGCAAGUUAAUCCGGGAGGAGCGAGGGAUCCGAGCGCAGCCCUCGAUCCACACGGUGUAGUCAGGAGAGGAGCAAGGUGUGUCCGGGGCCCAGCGCUGCCGAGGGUUAUCACAGGGCACAGCCUGAUCCAGGGUGAAUUAACAGAGCCCCCAAAUCCGGGCAGCUUCAGUGCGUGCCACGGGACAUAAUUGCACCCCCGGCAGGGAGCUCAGCGGAGCCUCUCGGAAUUGUCACAGUCCCUCGCGUGCAAUUGUCACCUUGUCAUUUCCCGGGGUAAAUCACCUGCUUCAGGUAAGAAAAAU